AUGAGUGAUGUUUUCAAUUUCGCAGAGUGCUUGGGUGAGCAGUGCAAGAGCGUGUGCAUAACAGAAGCCUGCGUGAAAGCCGCGGCCGCCAUGCUGCGGAAUAUGGACAUGAACGUGGACCCGUGCGCGGACUUCUACGAGUUUGCCUGCGGUCGCUGGAAGCUGUACCACGUGCUGCCGCCGGACCGGCCACACUCGGACACGUUCGCCGUCAUGAAAGACGAAAUCAAGGUAGUGCUCAAAGUGAAGGACGAGAUGCUCCUGUGUCUCACUCGCUACGCCGCAAACUCUGCACAGGUUGCUGACCACAGUGGCAUCAAACUUUCUGCGGUACUCCAGAGUGCGAAGAGCCCCAGCUCUCGCCUCGAACAGGAGGCUGCUGCCAAUGCUAUUGUCAUAGAGGCGCGACCCACAGAUGCUGUCCUGGUGUUUCCUGUAGCACUCGAGAGUGGACUUCGCCUCCAUAGCUUCUCGCCAUCGGGUUUCUUCUGCUUCUCUGACUCGCAUGCGGACCUCGACCGUCCACUUGGCUGCUGUUUCAAUAGGACUGGCUUCUGCAAAGAAGCCAUACUUCUUCUCCAGCUGGUAGAGUCGUCGUGUCCAGUCAGUCCUCAUGCAUGUUGCCGAAAGGUACUCGAACACGCGGCGCGCCCAUCGAGUGCGUCGCAUGAGCGUGAGACGACCCCGAUAGGCAAUCUUGCUGGCGGCUUCCCGAGCUUCAAAGCUGGACCAUCCGACGUCUCCCUGAAUCGCCUCGUUGGCCACUCGAUAAUGGCAACCGAGCGCUGCACGGCCGACCUCUCUCUGCUGACGCUCCAACCACUCCCGUGUCAGCUAUUGGAGGCGCCCAUCGACGCAUCCGACAGCAACGCUACCAUCAACGCUAAGAACUUCUACAAGUCCUGCCUGAAUGAGACCAUGAUCGAGGCGCUCCGAGAGAAGCCGCUGCUAGAUCUGCUGCAGAGCGUGGGCUCGUGGCCCGUCAUUACGCCCGACUGGACGGAGGAGGGCUUCGACUGGCUCAACCUGACCGCCAUCAUGCGCAGACACAGCAACGACAUCCUCUUCGCGCAGUGGGUUUCGGCGGACAGCAAGAACUCGACCGUCAACGUCAUACACCUGGAUCAGACCGAAACGGGUCUUCCGAGCCGCGACUACUACAUUCGCGGGACGCAGCAGGUGGAGGCCUACCUGCGGUUCAUGGUCUCCGUGGCACAAUUGCUGGGAGCUAACGAGACGACGGCCAUGCGCGACAUGGAGGACGCCCUCAUGCUUGAAGCCAAGCUCACCAACCUGACGGAACCGAGCGAGUUUCGGCGGAACUUCACCGCCAUGUACAACAAGUGGACCGUAGAGGAGCUACAGGCUGAAGAUCCCUCUGGUGUCAAGGAGAAGAUAAACUGGACGCACUACUUCAAAGUUGUCAUGCCCAUGGAGAUACCGCCUACGGAAGAAGUGGUCAUCUACGCACCGAGGUACAUCAAGCAGAUGUCUCACCUUCUACAUUCCACUCCCAAAAGGGUCGUGGCCAACUACAUCCUCUGGCGCUUCAUAUCGAAGCUGGUGGGCAGCCUUGACAAGAGGUUUGUGGACAAGCAGCAGGAGUACUACGGCGCCAUCUACGGCACCCAGUCGACUCCUCCGCGUUGGAAGAGCUGCACGCUUCUCGUCAACAAGAAGAUGGGCAUGGCCGUCGGAGCACUGUUCGUGCGCCGACACUUCAAUGAGCAGAGCAAAAAGAAGGCCGAGGAAAUGAUCAGCGACAUCAAGGCAGCCUUCUUGGAAAUUCUCACGAACGUGGACUGGAUGGACAAUGAGACCAGAGAAGUCGCCAGAAAAAAGGCCGAGUUCAUGACUCAGAAGAUAGGAUACCCUGAGUUCAUAUCGACACCAGAAGAACUGGACAAGGAAUACGAGGUAGAGUUCAGACCGGACACGUACUUCGAGAAUAUCAUCAAGAGCCUUCGCCACACUGCACUGAAGAUAGCAACGAAGCUUAGGAACAGCGUGGACAAAAACGAAUGGGUCACCUACCCCGCAGUCGUCAACGCCUUCUACACGAGAUCAAAGAAUUUCAUCAGUUUUCCAGCUGGAGUUCUUCAGCCGCCUCUAUACCACCACCAUUAUCCCAAGUCCGUCAAUUACGGUGGCAUCGGGGUCGUCAUUGGUCACGAGAUUACCCACGGCUUCGACGACAAGGGGCGUCAGUUUGACCAAUACGGCAACCUGAAGCAGUGGUGGAAACCUGAGGCGCUCAAGUUGUUUCACUCCAAGGCGCAAUGCAUGAUCGAUCAGUACAGCCGAUACGUUUUGCCUGAAGUCAACAUGGCUGUCAACGGUGUGAAUACCCAAGGGGAAAACAUCGCUGACAAUGGAGGUGUCAAGCAAGCGUUCAAGGCAUACAAGAGCAGCGUGGAGCGCUGGGGUCCCGAACCUCACUUGCCGGGCCUGAACCUGACGCACGCCCAGCUCUUCUUCCUCACUUACGCCCAGAUUUGGUGCGGCACCACGAGGCCAGAGCACGCCGUCAACACCAUCCGCACGGGAAACCACAGCCCGGGCCGCUUCAGGGUGAUCGGCGUGGUGUCCAAUUCCGCCGACUUUGCGAAGGCCUACCACUGCAAACCUGGCAGCCCCAUGAACCCAAUUAAGAAAUGCGUCGUCUGGUAGAAGACGAAGAAUACAGCAUACCGCAUAAGUGUCGUCGUUACGAGCCUGAACUUUUGCACCGGGAUUUUUACCGCGGACGCUCAUCGUGCUUCUGACCACCGUCGCCACGACAAGGACAGGUCCCGCGCAAGUUCCGUCUCCACGUCAACAGUCGUCCGAAGCUACCCACCCCAAACACACCUUUUUUUUCCCACCUUGAUCGCUUUCACA